CCUCCUCAGUGCACGUUGCGAUACUACGGACGAGUGUGACGGUUGUCGCGUAGUCGUCAUCGUUGCAGCAGUACGCUAGCCGCUUCCCGUCCGGUGGUGUAGUUGUUCAAAAUAUGCAAAUUUUUUAUUAUUAAUACGCUCGCGCGGUAAAACUUUAUUAGGAAUAUAUUUUUUUUUUUUUGUAUAACGUGCACUCUGUUUCGUUGUAGCGCCCGAUUCCGCCAUGCUAUAGUAUUGGAUUUAACGAUAAUAAACAAAAUAGAAAAUAACAGUGUAAUAGAUAAUAACAUAAUACCUGUUACUAAAACCAUGUCUCGUAGUUAAGCCAAAAGAACCGUUCGAAAUCAAAACGCUUAAAGUCUCGAUAGGUAUAUUGUAGUUUUAUUUUUAUCGUCCAACGUCAUAUCACACAACCGUACCUGCCGGACGGGAAUACAUACGUAGAUACUUAUUAUUGUAAUAUUAUCGUAAAUCGAGUGUACCUACGAUGGACAACGUCGACAACGAUUAUCUGGAUUACUCGUACGACGAUUUCAAUAAUAAAAAUGAUCUCUACACACAGUCAAACUCAGAAGAAAACACACGCGGGACUAUAUUUCAACAAUCUACUACAUUGACAGCAAAAAUGUGGCCUCCUGAUAUUUCUGGAGGUUUUGAUUGGACCUUGGAUGUUUUCGGAUGGAAAUUAGACAAAGAUCAACUGUCAAUUGUUAUAGUAUGUGCUAUUGUCAUUAUAGUAAUUACUUCAAUAACAAUUGUAUUUAUAAUUUGGUAUUGUUGUUUUUGUAAAAAAAAAAAUGUACAAAACAGUUGUGAAGAAGAAGAACAAAGAAGUAAUACUAACAUACCUAGUUAUUCCACAGUAUUUCUAGACCCCAAAACUGGAAAUUUUAUAUAUAGUAACCGUAUUGUUGAGUUAUUUCCUGAAAGAGAAGGUUCUCCUGAUCAUUGGUUUUUCAAUGAUCAAGGAGAGGAACCUGUAAGUACAAAUACAGUACCACGUUCAGCUUCUGUACCACCAGCAAAACAACUUCAGUCAUUUGAUCCUUGUAUACGUGAAAUAAAAGAAUUUAUUAGCAAUGAAUCAUUUGACGUGCCUAAUUUGCAUUAUAUUGACAAUGAGACCCAAAAUGACCCUUGCCAUUUGCCAAACGCUUUACCUCAGAUCUCUGAAUUUAAUCCUCACCAAUUCACUUCCAGUAGCAUUUUGGAAAAUUGCCAUACUUGUGAUGGAAAAUCUAUAACAUUACGAACGAGAAGUCUUCCAACACACGUGAGAAACAAGAAACGGCCAUUCUCAACAUCUGAUAAUUUAUCAGAACUUUAUGCCAAGGUAAAUUUCAGUAAGAAAAGGAAAAAUCGCAUGAGAAAUGAUGAAGCUGCCAUAAUCGCCAUGAGCAAAUCCAGAAGCCAGUUCCUCAACAACAAAGACACAGAUAUAUUGGUUGACAAUGAAGCAGUUAUUGUUUAUGAUGAACGAACUGCUUUAUAAAAAUAUAAUACUAUGUGAUAUAAAUGUAGGCUAAUUGCGUUUAGAAUCUCUUAUGUACUAUAUACAUUUAUAUUGUGAUAAUUGUUUCUAUUUUGAGCAAGGUUAUUGUAAUAAAUAUGAGUACAGUAUGUACAGUUAAAAUGCUGAGCAAGAUAAACUAUAAACUGCGUUUUACUAAGAUAUAUGUUGUACUUCAUUAUAAUAUAUUGAAUAAUAAUUGUCUUAAAACAUCAUAUUAUAAUAUACAUAUUACACUAAAACUAAUACAAUUUUUUUAAAACUGUA